AUGGACAGAGGAUUGCGGCCGACUUUGUUCCUGCUGUUGCUUCUGUGUCCCCAAGGCACCAUGUUGUCCCACAUCAACUGUCCAUACAGAUGCCAGUGUUUUACACCAAUCCAAGUCCUGUGUGCUGAUGAACAUAUGACAUCUGUGCCCAAAAACAUAUCCCGAGAAGCCAAGGAGGUCAUCAUAAUGACAUCGGCUUUGCAUUACCUGUUCCCCACCGGCUUUGAGGAGAGUCCCCAACUCCACAAGCUUAUCUUCUUCAACAAUCCACUGCGGAGUAUUCAUUCGCAGGCCUUUCAAAACCUAUCUGAGCUUGAAGAACUGGAGAUCAGUGGGAACCCUUGGCUGGAGCAUUUGUUUCUGGGGACUUUUUCCAAGCAAGAAAACCUUACCAAGCUGCAGCUCAACUAUAACAGGUUCCAGACUGUUCUUCCUGGUAUGUUUAACUCUCUUAAACAUUUAGAGACCCUGCAGGUGAAGGCCAACAUCAUAUCAGAUUUACCUACAUUUUUGUUUCAGAACCUUCAAAAUCUACAUGUGUUGGAUUUCUCUCUUAACAGAAUCCAGAACAUAGAAAGAGAGACUUUUUCUGGCUUGACUGGGCUGGAGAUUCUUCAAAUGAGCAAUAACCAUAUUAGCAAUAUUUCAUCAGACACCUUCCAUCAUGUUGGUCAGCUGAUGGAGCUUCACUUGGAGGGGAAUAGAAUAUCAGAACUCGAUGAUGAGGUCUUCGCUGUGCUCACCAAACUGAAGGUGCUGAACCUCCGCAGAAACCGUCUCAUAACUUUCAGCGAUAAAGUGUUUGGACGUCAGGGUUCAAAUUUAACCCAAUUGGACCUGAGGGGGAACAGACUGACAGAAGUGUCCUCUUUAAGCCUGCUGACAUCAAUGACUGACCUUCUCUUGUCCUCCAAUCAGCUUUCAAGCCUUCCUGAUGACAUAUUUAGAAAUGUCACCACACUAGAAAAUCUGGAUCUCUCUGAAAACAAGCUCACGUCAUUAUCAGACACGACCUUUAAUGAUCUCAAAAGCAUCAAAAUGAUCCACCUCCAUAAAAACCAGCUGAGCAGCGUGGAUGCCACAUUGUUUAAGGACCAGGAUUUCAUUCAGCAGCUCUACCUGUCUGACAACCAGCUGCAAAAUCUCCCUCUGGGCCUUCUGGACCACUUUGCGUUCCCGCACAUAUUGCGACUAUACGGAAACCCUUGGAAAUGUGACUGCCACAUGUGGUAUUUGCAUGAUUUAGUGCUGAAUAACAACCAGGACAUCGAGAUGCCGGACAGGAUGCUGUGCGAGACUCCCGACUUCCUGAGGAGGCGACCGGUAGCAUCCAUCGACAGGGACGAGCUUCUGUGUCAUUUUCCCAGAGAUGAUAUUACUGACCUGAACGGCUGUAGCCUUCACAAGUCUAGCGACUCACUGGUCAUCAAGUGCAACGUGGAUAAAUGUUCUCCACUCACUGUAAAAGUCCAGUUUCUGGAGCGCAGUGGCAGUAUUCAGGAGCACAUUUGGACAAAUAACGAUUCUGAGUGCAGCAAUGUGACGAUAUCUAAGGUGCCCAUGCCAUAG